CCACACAGACGCAUCUACUCCUGUUUAUUAGAAAAGUCAAUUUCGGAGAAUAUUUUUGACGUCCGCUCCAUUGACGUCAUCGCGGUCGCGCACCUGUGAUGCAAAAUUCUCAUUUUUUAAAAACGUGGCCUGUCGCGUGAUCUGUACGGAACGACAUAACGCGUUUAUCUUGUACAAAAGCUGUCAGGAUGACUCAAGACCAGCUCCUCACGGGUUUGAAGAAGGACGUCCGGUCUCUUUUGGUCUCUGCUAAGCAUGGUUUGACCCCUGAGCAGCUCAAGAAGGACUACCAGACCAUGCUGGGCUUCCCCAUGCCCCUCAGGUUACUGGGGUUCAGAAAUGUUUUGGAUAUGGUGAAGGAAAUGCCGGAUGUUGUGCACUUGGAUUACCACUUCGAUGGCAGCAUCAUUUUGAAAGCCAUUGGAGAUGAAAGCACCAGAGGCAUUCAAGAGCUUGUGUCUAAACAGCGCGACCCAAAAACCAAACCCAACCUUCGGAGGGCAGCACCAGGGAACUUCCAUGUUUCUUACCCAAGGAACCAGCCUGUUAUUCUCCCUCGACGUGGCCAAACAAAACCCGCCCUGCCCGCUCAACUGCGGAGCCAGCUUAAACAAUUACUAUCUCAUGGGCCGGUCAGAUUAUCAGAGCUGGAGUCCAGGUACAUGGCGCAAUUCGGAAAGCCGCUCAACAUCAUGCAAUAUGGCUUCUACUCCAUUUCCGAGAUGCUGGCAGCUGCCGCGGAUUUCGUAAUCAUGCAGCAGAGUCGCACAGGGUCUCAACUGCUUCUGAGGAACGCCGUAAUGCCACAAAAUCAGAUCAGACAUCUGACGACGAGUUCUUCUAAGCCGUUGGCAUCUCCUUUGGCGGCAAAACAGAAGCCAGUCAGUCCUAAAUCAGCUUCGCUGCCAGAGAAGAGCCAGCAACAUUUGCCUUCCCCUCCUGCUGUUCCUAAACCGGAGCCUGUGAAGGCAGAGCCCUCUUUUGAAGAAACCAUUUUUAAGCUUGAGGAGGAGCUCAGACAGCAGAUCCUCGAGAAGGGCACCGCUGGCACCGUCAGCCGUGAGCUGAAAGAUAAGCUACGGAAGGUUGUAGCUGAAAAUGGCAAUGGGAUCUCCAUUCACAAUCUUCCCACAGAAUACAAGCGAAUGUAUGGUGAAGAGUUGCCAGUGAGCCAGUAUGGCUUUCUGAGCGUGACGGAAAUGGUCGGUGCUUUGAGUGACACGUUGUCCAUCCAAAAAGGAGCUGAUGAGAGUGAAAACCAGUGGAUGGUUGUGGAGUUCAAACCAAAUGACGUACAGCCUGCUGAAUCUGAAUCAUCCCCGGGUCACGGCACCACUUCCAGUCUGCCGAACGAACCCCGGAAUCUCUCCAGCAAAGCCCAUUACUUCAGUUGUCCCGAGUCUGCAUGGGAGCGUGAAGAGGUGGAGCAAUACUCCCAAGAGUCCGACACUGAGCUCAGAGUCACCAAUAAAACCAUCCAUCAGAUGGUGGAUCUUUUCCCAGAGUUGGUGGUGAGUCGAGUCUCAGCGGUUCCUCCGGACGCGGUGCGCUGCCAGAAACUAAAGCCUCCGGUCCUCAGGAGGGAGAGAGAGCUGGUGCCCGUCCUGGUGGAGCAGACGGAGUCUCCCAGUCACUUCUACAUCCGCUUCUGCCAAAACAAAGAGGCCAGAGCCCUGGAGAACAUGAUGAUUGAAAUGAGGAGCUGUUACUCCUAUCCAGAUGUGACGGAGAGAUACCGGCUGCCUGAUGCGUAUGUGCGGCCGGGUCAGGUGUGCUGUGUGGCCCCCAGAGACAUGUGGUUUUACCGGGUGGUGAUCCAUGAGCUGUUCAGUGAUACUGAAGUAAAGGUGUACUAUGUUGACUUCGGAGACAUCACAAAAGUGGAACGAAACAGCCUACGGUUUCUCAAAGCUUGUUACGCUGAUCUUCCGGCUCAGGCUGUUCCAGCAAUGUUAGCUGGUGUUCGGCCCAUCACGAGCAAUUGGACUCAGAGUGCGAUCAACUCUUUCCAGCGGAUGUGCUGUGAGCGCACUCUGGUGGCCGCCAUCCACAGCUACCAGGAGGACUUCCUGCUGCUCUUCCUGUGCGACACAAACACAGAGGAGGAUGUUUAUAUUCACCUCGCCCUACAGAAAGAAGGCCACGCCCUUCCCUCAAUUACCGCUUAUGGAUUGGUGUCAGGGCAGUUCAACCCAGUGACGUCUUAUUUCGGAGAUGAUCAGCUUGAGGAAGUAAAAGAGUGUGUCUCACCAUCCACAUCAUUUCCAGAAACCCAGAUCUGCUGUCAGGGAAGUGGCUCUCUAAACUCCUCACAAACGGUUUCCAGCUCUGAAAAUGGAGAAACUAACUUCCCCUCCAUAAACAUGGGCUCAGUCCUCGACAUUCCUGCCCUCGAGUGUAUAAAUGUUCCUGACAUCAACACUGCAGCUAAAGUUGGGGAAGUAAAUCCGUCUGAGGCUCCGCAGGCUGAAGACCCAUUAUGCAGCAGUGAAUGGGAUCAGGGAUGGACAGCAGAGGACAAAACAGAUAAGACACAGCUCGGACCUGACAUCAAGACUGAGGAAAUCGAAUUGAAACCUGAGACUGUGUCUACUCCUCCACCUGUCCAAGCAGCAGUAAGUGAACCGCAGAUGUGUGCGUCUCCAACUGAACCAAAGCCCGUCUCAACCACAUGCACCAGCCCACCUACUCCUGUCCCCAUCAGGAUCAACUCCCUCUAUCCAGUUUUUCCAGGUGUACCUGUUAUUCCAGUCCAGCCCCAGCUUUCCCACUUCAUGAUGCAGUUGUUCGGCAGUCCAGUUCAUCUGGGACCAGGUCCAAACCUCACAUCUCCACUAGCUCUGAGACCAGCUGCGCGCCUGUCCGCCGGGGCCAACAUCCUUUACUGGCGCUCCAGUCACAUAGCCUGAUGGACUAGAAGCGGUGCGUGUUUUGUACUCUCGUCAUGUUCGAUAACUUUGUUCUUUCAUUUCUUUGGAUGCAACAUCCCAGAAAUAUAUCAAACGAUAUAUACGAAAAGCAGCGAAGGACACGUCAAAGCGGAUACAUUUCUUAUUCUUUUAGCGCAGUAGCAGAUUGUUCUUUAUUUUUAUGUAUUUGCAUAGUGCUAAAGUUUUGUGUGUUUUUAUGUUUUCACUAUAGACCAAACUGGCCAUUUGUUUCUUUUAUUUGUUAUUAAGUUGCUUGUUCGGUGUUCAGAUUUUUCUUUUAUCAAAAAAACAAACAGUUUUAUAAAGAAAGAAAUGGGAUAAAAAAGGAGGAUACACUGAAAAUAUGUGUCUAAUUGUGUCUGUGUUGCAUCUAAUGUUAUUUUUAGGUAUUACACAACUAUCUGAAUAUUAUUUGGAGCCCUUGUAUGAUCUCAAAUUUACUGGCUCAAACUGCUUUUAUGAGUUUUCCUAAAAAAUCAGCUGUUGAUCACUGUUGAUCUGCGAAGGCAAGACAAUGUCAAAGUUCUUACACAAACAUCUUAUACAUGUGGACAUGCUACCGAUGCACUGUUCAUCUUUUCUAGUUUUACUGGAUUAUUUAUAAAAACGUGCAACGUUGUACAAAAUUCACUCCGUUGUUUCCGAACACCCUUGCUUUGUUUUCUUUUAUGUACAUUUGAUCAAUUCCGCCCACUGGUUUUCCGCUUUUUGGAAUAUUUAGUUUGACCCAACAUUCACCGUGGGAGGUUCCUUGCUCCACUGAGCAUGUUGAAAUAUUAAAUUACUCAAACAGGACGUUGUGUAUCCAAGUGCAUCCAUAACAUGCCACACAAACAGUGGAGCUAAAG